AGAUAAUUUUUUGAGAAACCGGCGACGGGGACGAAUUUUUAUGAUGUUUUGGCUGAUGGAAUGUUAUUUUUAUUACCUUGCGAAAUGAUGGAUUGUAUCGAAGUUGUACAUCUUAAUUAAUAAUCAUUAACUAAUUUGGUUUUUUCGUGUAGAGGAUCGUGUUCAAUGUGAUUUUAAAACGUGGCAGCACUUUCAUUUCGCUGUAAACACAAAAUUCAUCUGUAUAUUCGUACGUCGUACCCAUUUGAAACUUGAGAAAUAUUUUUAAACAAGCGAAAUGACUUGGGGAUUUGUUACAUGUGGCCCAAAUGAGGCGUUGGUAGUUUCUGGAUGCUGUUAUGGCAAACCUUUACUCGUACCUGGAGGACGAGCUUUCAUCUGGCCAACGAUUCAACAAGUUCAAAGAAUAUCUUUGAACACUCUGACAUUACAAAUUGAAAGUCCAACAGUUUAUACUUCUCAGGGUGUUCCCAUCUCGGUUACAGGCGUUGCCCAAGUAAAAAUUCAGGGUCAAAAUCAAGAAAUGCUGAUGAACGCUUGCGAGCAAUUUCUUGGCAAGGGCGAAGGAGAGAUACGGAAUAUCGCUCUACAUACUUUGGAAGGACAUCAGCGAGCUAUCAUGGGUAGCAUGACAGUUGAAGAAAUAUAUAAAGACCGAAAAAAAUUCAGUAAAGAAGUUUUUGAAGUUGCUUCUUCGGAUUUGGUCAAUAUGGGAAUCACUGUUGUGUCUUAUACGUUGAAAGAUAUCCACGACGAAGAGGGAUAUCUGCAAAGUUUGGGAAUGGCUCGAACUGCCGAAGUCAAAAGGGAUGCUAAAAUCGGCGAAGCCGAAGCUAAACGCGAUGCCAGAAUAAAGGAAGCUAUCGCCGAAGAGGAGAGAAUGGCAUCGAAAUUAUUGAACGAUACAGAAAUCGCUAAAGCUCAAAGAGAUUUCGAGUUGAAGAAAGCGAUGUACGAUACGGAAGUCCGAACUAAGAGUGCUGACGCGGAGCUUGCUUACGAAUUGCAAGCAGCUAAAACUAAACAAAGAAUCAAAGAAGAAGAAAUGCAGAUUAAAGUCGUUGAAAGAACGCAAGAAAUUCAAGUCCAAGAACAAGAAAUUCAACGAAAAGAAAGAGAAUUAGAGUCUACAGUUCGAAGACCUGCAGAAGCCGAAAAAUUCAAAUUGGAAAAAUUAGCGGAAGCUCAUCGUAACCGAGUAAUUUUGGAAGCUGAAGCAGAAUCUGAAAGCUUACGAUUAAGAGGAGAAGCCGAAGCGUUUGCUAUUCAAGCGAAAGCUAAAGCUGAAGCAGAUCAAAUGUUGAAAAAGGCUGAGGCCUGGAAAGAAUACAAAGAAGCUGCCAUGAUUGAUAUGGUUCUGGACGUGUUGCCGAAGGUCGCUGCUGAAGUAGCCAAUCCACUCACUCAGACGAAAAAGGUAACCAUGAUUGCGAGCGGAAAUGGCGAUAUUGGUGCUGCUCGACUCACCGGCGAAAUAAUAAGCAUGGUGACCAGCGUACCCGAAAUGGUCAAAACUCUGACCGGUGUCGAUGUUAUGAAAGUGAAAUGAAACCGGCUUCGUGUAGGCUCAUGUGUAAAAGAAGAUUUCCCUUGGUAUCUGUGAAACAGUAAAAUGAUUCUGGUGUGAAAUUUGUCAUCGUUUGUACUCGAAUAACCAACUCGUUAUAUUGUAUUCCUUACUCCUUCGUAAAAAAAUGUUCUUAAAAUUUAAAUUCUCACUCGCAUUCCCUGAUGGAAAUUUAAAAUUCUCAUUUUCGAUAUUUUAUGCUUUUUAAAUUCUAUAAAAACCUCAUUUUUCUUGUGAUUUUUUUUUUGUGAAUCAUUUGUUAUUUAAUCUUAUAAUGUUUUCUUUCUAGUUUUUCGAAGCAGAACAGCAAUUUUUUUGCAUAUUUUUAUUGGACAUUUUUGGUGUUGAAUUAAAUAGAGGUUUUUUCUAGUUUGAAUUUUGAAAUUGUAAUUUCUUCCUUUCUCCACUGAAUUCAGAUUGCACCAUUUCUUUUCAUUGUGAUACUGUUACCAUUUACGUCUUGUCCAAUUUAUAUUCAUUAAUGCAUAUUAUAUUAUGUAUUAAUUUAUUUUAUCUUUUUUAUCUAACAUACUUAAUGAUAUAUUACUAUAUCAAUAUUCUUUACCAUUUUUUAAAAACAAAUAUUUACUAUCACGUUAAAGGAAUAUUAUAUCUACCUUUUUUUAGAACUGAAUUUUCGUAUACUUUCUUACUGUAACUUUAUAUGAGCCUACAUUAUUUUGCAAAUUUAUGUUUACUUACUUUUUCUCUUGAACUGUUCACAAUCGUUAUAUGCUGUGAAAAUAAUUCACUGUAAAAUGUGAACGGAUGUGAAUCAAAUAUUUUAAAUUUUAAAAAAAUGUAUUUUUACAUUAGAACUUUUAAUUUGUUUUUUGACGUAGAAUUGAAAAUUUUAUUUGGAGAAUGUCAAUAUUACUGCGCUUUCUAUUGUGUUCUUCAUUCAAUCUUUACAGGAUAUAUUUUUUAAAAAUUGUGUUCUGGAAAUCUUUAAAAUUGUUUGUCGAAAUGCGCUAGUCUCAAAUUUCGCGUUAGUCAAAUAUUGUGCAUUUUAUUUUUUCGUUAGUUUUUGUAUAAUCGUAUUUUUAUUUCAUAUUUUAGUAAUUUUCUCCUUAUGUGAAGAUACUAAGCUCAAUGCAAUAAGGAUCUAACGCUUGUGGGUAAUUUUAUGUUUAAUUUAUUAUCGAUAUUCGUUUGUUCAACCAGUAGGUAUGUUCUUGGUUAUGGCCAUCGUACCUAUUAUACCAUUUUUAUUCGUAUUUUUAUAAUUUAUGUAUAUUUUAAUUCAUGUCUUUUAUUUUCAAUUUUCUUACUUUACUUCAUUUAAUUUAAUGAAAUGACCAAUGAUGAAUGAAAAUUUAGUAUCACUGCUGUUUUGACGGCGUAUUGUGGUUUCAUCUUUUCAAGAGUAUAUGUGACCGUCCGCGAUAAAACCGACCAUCCGUCGCAAAAAAUCGAAAACGUUUUUUCGCCUAUUUUUGGGUCUCAAAUGGUUUAGGGAACAAAAAUUGGCGAAAAAAAAUUUUCGAUUUUUUUGCGACGGAUGGUCGGUUUUAUCGCGGACGGUCACAUAUGUAUUUUGAAAGAAAAGUACAAGUGUAACGAAAUUAUUACAAGUUUACGUCCUUUUUUAAAAAUCACUUUUUAUGAUUCAUUACACGAGCUUAUAAAAUAACUAUUGAUGUAUUAAUUAAUCAAUUUCUAAGACUACGUUUGUAUGUACAUGUCGAGUUUCUUUUCGUAUCGUAAAAUACUCGUCGCUGUUUUUUUUUAAAUCCUUAUUAUAUUAUUUCAACGCUAUUCUGUUUUCCCAAAACUUGAAAAAUAUCGUGAUAAUUUUUUUCUACUUUUUGAAUUCUAUUCAGUACAAAUUGGUAUUUUUAUUUUUUAUGUUUUAUGUGGAGUAAUCAUCUUAUUUGUAGUUUACUAGUAGCAGCUUAUUAAUUUUCGUUAUAAAGUGAAGUCUUCUGUUUGUUUUUAAUGAAUAUAAAUUAUACGAUAGUA